ACUGAAUGCCAAAACAAUCUUUCCUUUUUGAUAAAGAAGAUUGCAUUUGUUUUGCUAAUCGUUCUGUUCGGAGAUGGUCUUUUCCCUGCAAGAGGUGAAGGAGACAGCAGUAGGAGAAAUAUUCAGAUCAUUUACAGAAUUUUUCAGAAAAGGGAACUGAGCCCUGUGCAAGCCAUGCAAGAUGUGCAGACUUUGUGACCGCCACCCCAAACUCCUCGCCCCCUCCUCUCACCCCAGCCGCUGCCCAUCACCGCGCCUGCCUGCGUGCCUCCUCCACCUCCUCCUCCAUCAUCCUCCUGCGCUGUCCCAAGAGUCCCAACAACCUGACCGGUCUUAAAUCAAGCAUAGAAAAGUUUCUGGAUUAGGGCAGAAUUGACACAAAGCGGCGACGCCACUCCAGCACCACUUGCAAAACAACGCAGAAGAGGCAAGAGGGGGGACCGAGUCAGAGGGAGCAACGCGACGGGGUGAAGACACUCGAACGGACCUCAGCCACCUCAGAAAACGUCAAACUCUGACAGCGAGAGGCCGUCCCGGAGAGAGAGAGAGAGAGGAAGAGGGAAAGGGAGAGACGGCAGCAGAGAGGCAGGGGAUCUUUGCAGACAAGGUCCUGAAGGAUGGAAGAGAAGUCGGUUGUUGGGAUCCUGAACGGAGCAGUUCCAGGCGAGCCGGUGAAGAAGGAUGAAAACUCCCGGAGAGGGAACUGGGGCAACCAGAUUGAGUUUGUCCUCACCAGCGUGGGUUAUGCUGUGGGCCUGGGCAACGUCUGGAGGUUUCCCUAUCUCUGCUACAGAAAUGGAGGCGGUGCCUUCAUGCUACCGUACUUCAUCAUGCUGGUGUUCUGCGGCAUUCCGCUCUUCUUUCUCGAGCUGUCCUUCGGUCAGUUUGCCAGCCUCGGAUGUCUGGGCGUCUGGAAGAUCAGCCCUAUGUUCAAAGGUGUCGGCUACGGCAUGAUGGUGGUGUCCACGUACAUUGGGAUCUACUACAACGUGGUCAUCUGCAUUGCCUUUUACUACUUUUUCAUGUCCAUGACUAGCCUUCUGCCUUGGACCUACUGCAACAACCCCUGGAACACACCGGACUGCAGCGGUGUGGUGAGCAGUGGUCGACCGCUCAACGCCAGCCUGCUCAACGCCACCACCAGCCUGGUGGCGGGGGUGUCGGAGGUGGUCAACCGCACCAAGAGGACCAGCCCCAGUGAGGAGUACUGGAAACACUAUGUGCUGAACAUCUCUGAUGAUAUUGGGAACUUUGGAGAAGUCCGUCUGCCUAUCCUGGGCUGCCUGGCUGUGUCUUGGUUUGUUGUCUUUCUCUGUCUCAUCAGGGGCGUCAAAUCCUCUGGAAAGGUGGUGUACUUCACAGCCACAUUCCCCUACUUGGUUUUGACCAUCCUGUUCAUCCGUGGCAUCACCCUGGAUGGAGCCAUCAAUGGCAUCAAGUACUACCUGACUCCGCAGUGGGAGAAGGUGCUUGAUGCGAAGGUGUGGGGAGAUGCCGCCUCACAGAUCUUCUACUCCCUGGGCUGUGCCUGGGGUGGUCUCAUUACCAUGGCCUCUUACAACAAGUUCCACAACAACUGUUUCAGAGACAGCAUCAUCAUCAGCAUAACCAACUGUGCCACCAGUGUUUACGCCGGCUUUGUCAUCUUCUCCAUCCUGGGCUUUAUGGCACACCACCUGAACGUCCCUGUGUCCGAGGUGGCUGACCACGGCCCGGGGCUGGCCUUCGUGGCCUACCCAGAAGCCCUCACUCUGCUUCCCAUCUCGCCGCUCUGGUCGCUGCUUUUCUUCUUCAUGCUCAUCCUUCUGGGACUGGGCACUCAGUUCUGUUUGCUGGAGACCCUGGUGACGGCCAUCGUCGACGAGAUUGGCACAGACUGGAUCAUCAGGAACAAGACUGUGGUCACGCUGUCGGUGGCCAUAAUUGGAUUCGUAAUGGGGGUUCCACUAACGACACGGGCGGGAAUCUACUGGCUGUUACUGAUGGACAACUACGCUGCUAGUUUCUCUCUGGUCAUCAUCUCUUGCAUCAUGUGCAUCUGCGUCAUGUAUAUUUAUGGUCACACAAACUACUUCAGAGAUGUUGAGAUGAUGCUGGGAUUCCCUCCUCCGCUUUUCUUCAAAGUCUGCUGGAGAUUCAUCUCCCCUGUCAUUAUCUCUUUCAUCCUGAUCUUCACGGUGAUUCAGUACAAGCCCAUCACUUACAACGACUACGUGUAUCCCGGCUGGUCCCUGGCCAUCGGCUUCUGCAUGGCUAUGUCCUCCGUGAUCUGCAUACCCAUCUACGCCCUGUACAAGAUCUCCAAGUCCCCAGGAGCCACCUUCAGAGAGCGGUUGAAGUUCGCGUGCCGACCCCACCCAUCGUGGGGCCCUGCCCUGAAGGAGCACCGGACGGGCCGCUACGCCCCCGUGGCCACCGAAGACCCCGUGGAGACCUGUCCCUCCAUGGAGAAAGAGGAGCUGAAGGAGUUGAAGGAGGAGGAGGAGGAUGAGAAGGAGAGGAGAGAGGAAAUCAGCCUCACCAUCCAGGGAAGCAACGGCUCCACCAACACACACAACAACCCCAACCCCAGCGCAUAGACGGGACACCCAUCUGUCGGCCCCCAUCUCCUCCUCUUCAUCCCUUUUUCCUCCCUUCUCCUCCAUCCCCACCCCACUUUCCCACAGUCCUCUGUGGGGGAGAUCCCAUUCGCUGGAGACCUUUACAUAUUGUAAAGGCUUAUUAUAUCUCUCCUAACUUCUUUUAUCUAUCUGUGUGUCGUCUCUAGAUAAACGAAGGAAGAAAAAAAAACGAAAGGAAAAAAUUGGGUCAUCAUCCAAAAGAUUUGUGCGUGUGUGAGUGGGGUUGUUACUUUGUCUGAAAUACUUUGGUUUUCCUUUCAUAUUCUGUAUACUUGUAUAUGUCAUCUGCACAUGCAGUCAGAGUUACAGUAGAUCUUGAAGCUGCAUGUGUUUGUUGUGUGCAUGCAGCGACGUAGAGACACACACUGUUCUCCUUCAUUCAGCUAGGUGUUGUGUCGGGUGUGUUUGGGUUUCGGUGACGACCUGUUGUGGUGCUGUAAUACAGAGAAGGUUGGUGAACUGUGCCUGCGCUGGCCAUUUACAGUUUGACGAUGCUGAGGGAUGGAAACUUCUCGUGGCCGGAUAAAGACAGGCGGAUACAUCGUCGUUCACACUAUUGUACAUUUUUGCAGCACACUGUGCUUCAAGAUUGACAAACUCGGCAGAGAAACAUCAGUGAACUUUAACCGUAUUAUACUCUAACUUUUUGCCUCUGCAUUCACACACACACACACACACACACACACACACACACACACACACACACACACACACACACACACACAGAGCAUAUCUGUUCCCCAGUUUUUUGACAAAAGGGAUCCCAUGGCCAUUUCUCAGGGUUCACGCGGAGUUAAACUUAGUGGCACGUUGUUAUUCCUUGUCUCGACUACGGUGGCCAAGAUUAUGGAGACUGAAAUCAACUCGCUGUCUAAAAAACACCUGCACAAACACAUGCACAAUACCGGUGGAUGCAACUCUAACUCUAUAAAGUGCCAUCUCAUCUUAAGUCUUCCAGGCAAUGCAUCUCGGGACGUGGUCUGUGACGGAGUGGUCUUGGGGCCGGAGGAAGUAGCGGGGGAAAGGAUCAUAGGUGUGUUGGAGUGUGUGUCUCCCGUGGGUUGUAGCAAUCUGCCCCAUUCAGGCACGUUACCAAAAACAUCACCUACGUUACCUGAGUUACAUGUUACAUGUUUAUGAUAACAUUUGUGUGCAUCCCAGAGGCCCAUCUGGUGUAGGCCUCUCGCAGUCAGUGGAACCUUCAAUGUAUUUACAGACACUCGUUCUAAAGCUCUGAGCCAAGCUGCACUGUGACUGAUGGAGAGAACAGAGAGCAGCGAGGUGCGGCUUGUUUCCAGAAGAUUAUGGAAUAGAUCCUGAUACCUGAAUUAUGUAGUUUUUAAAUGUAGCUGAUAUAGAAUCGUUCUCUCAGUAUAAUUCUCCGUUUUACCCCUCUAUUGUAAAGUAACUUAGUAAAUAAUGAUAAAGAUAGCACAUGUUUAUUUUGUACAAAAGGCGGGAAACUACAGAAUCAUAAUUAACCGUGUUUACCAUUCAUCAUCUGUGAAUCGAUUUGUCGUCAUGUUGUUGGGGGGGUUAGGAUAGAGAGUAGGACAUUAUCGUAGAUGUGGGAUGACAGAGGUUUGUGUCGGACAGCUGCUCAGGUGGUAGUGAGGCAGGGGUUGUGUCUCGUAUACAGCACAUUUACAUAGGGAGAAACUUAAAAGGAACCGUUUUGGGAACCAUCCUCGUCCUUUCCUGAGAGAAAGAUGAGGAGAACGAUGCCACUCAAGUCUGCACGCAAAAACAUCUGAAGCCAGCGCCAGCGGCCAGUUAGCUCAUCCUAACAUUGAGACUGGAAAAGGGGAGGGGGGGCAGCUCGCUCAGGCUCCGUCCAAAGGAAACAGGAUCCACCUCUAAAGCUCAAUGAACAAGUUAUAUCUUGUUUGUUUAGCCUACACACACACACACACACUCAAAAAAAAGAAAGACCUGCUGGUUGCCAGGCAACUGGUCCCAGCCCAGGGAUAGUCCAGCACGUAACGUCCUCAAAAGUGUCACAGCGAGUUUUAAAGAAAGGAUAAAGGCGUUGAUGUAAUGCACAUAACCAGGAACCAUGAUGAACACAGUGGGCAUUCUGGAUCAAGCACAAAUCUCUUACCAGGUUUUCAUCAGGCCUCUGUACAGGAAGUGUGCUCUGCACACACAGUGGCUCCUCCCAUACGUGAAGAUUGUAACUUUGGCUUUCACCAUCUGGUUUUGGUUCAUUCCUCAACCAUUCACACCACAAGUGACGUAUUUUGUUCAAUGUUGAUUUUAGAUAUAAAAACACUGCUGAUAAACCAGGUGCUCGAUGAAAACAAUAGAUUUAAACAACAUACAUUUGAAUAUACACUCAUCAUCUUCAGUGCUUGUUGGGACGACUUGUAGCUCCGACCCGUUCCCUCUUUGUGAUUGGCCUGUCUCGUGUGGUCAUGCUGUAGUAAGUGUAGCCUAGCCGCCGUGUAGCCAUGCUAUCUCCCUCUAUAUACCCCAACCCUCUCCAUCUCUGCCGGCCCCCCGCAUCUCUGCCUCCCUUUGUACAGUAAUGUAAAAAAAAUAUAUAUAUAAUUGUACCGUGCGUAUGUGUGCGUGUUUAUCUUUGCUUUUAUUUUUCCGGGGAUGGAUACGCGUGUUUGGGUGGAGGGGUGGGCAUUGUUUUUUGUUUUUGAUUUCUCAUUUUUCUCGUAGCGUGAUGUAGACGGUGUCAGGUGUAUUGUGUACUGUGUGUGUAGUGGAUUAGUUCUUUACUGCUGAGCCUCGUGUAGAGCAGGCGUAGUGUCACUAUUGAUGUCGGUGUACCUCUAAUCUAUCAGAACUAGCCAUUUCCUACUCUGCUAAUCGUAUACAAUCUUAUCUUUUGAGAGAGAGAAAAAAAUUUUGUACUAAAAGAAGAGAAAGAAACUACAUAUUUUAUCUUUGGAUUUUAAUCAUUGUUUACCCAUGUUUUUUUUUUUUGGUUGUUGUUGAUUGAUUUUGAAGUUGUAUUCUUAGAAAGAAAAAAAAAUAUUUGAAGCCAGCUGAGACUAAAAGCAUUGCCAAACAAAAAGCUUUGGAUCGAAACUUGAACUACUGAAGAGAUGGUUCGUUUUUACUGUGAGCUCUGGCGUAGACAAUGCUCUUUUUUCUCCUUUUUUUUCAAAAACUAUUACCUGUACUUAAAGAAAUAUUUCACAGUGCAGUGCCAACCGUCGCACAACGCUGCUGACCUUAAAUAUUCUGUGGCUCUUAAAAACGGAACAGUUUGGCAGUUUUUUUUCCAGCGUAGUUGUUAGAAAAUGUUAGAAAAUGCACAAACUCAAAACACCAAAAUUACUCUGCAACCAAGACUGAAUCACUAUCAGGACCCAUCGAGCCACAUUUUCUCUCUUGUGCAGCUCUGAUGCAUGAUAUCGGUACAAACUGUUGUUUUAUGUUGACAUCCUAACCAGGUAUAUGACAUAGAUGUGUCAGACAAGGGUCUUGUUGCUAUUUCAAAUUGAUUUAUUGGUGAAGUGAACCUGAUUUACGGUGUCGAGCUACCAAAAGAAUAACACCUGAACCAUUCGGCCCUGAAGGGAACGGCUCCUGAGAACACACGUGAGAACGGUUCAGUUACACUCGACCCGAUGCUUACAGUACUAUCGCCGCACACAGAGGUGGCUGCGCAGAAAGUCACUGAUAUUGAAGAACGUUAACCACAUGAAGGUCUGGACCACUUUUACACACAAAUUCACAGCACAUCUACUCCACUGUACUAAAAAGAAAGAAGCAAAAAACAAAACUGUGAUUUUUACCUUGUUCCUGUGGUUCUCUGUUAAUUACAGGACAUUACCUCUUGCAUUUCAUACUACUGCUCAUGUAACCAUGAACUCGUCUUUCAGCACUUUAAAGAAAUCCUUUUUUUUUUAGCAACAAGGAAUACAUAUAUACAUAUAUAUAUAUAUACAUAUAUAUAUAUAAUUUGAAUAAUGAUUUACAAUUUCAUUCUGGAAAAGAAGCAAGUAUGGGAAAAUGCCUUUUUCAGUGGUCUGGGUGAAGGGAACUGUCCGAGUGUCAGUGUUGUAAGUUGACAAAUUGUUUUCAUGGGAGGAGUGGAGAAGAAAAGCACAAGUGAGAAGAAAACACAAAUCUUCUGGUACUUUGUAUCAUAUCUACAGUAUCUGUCUAUCUAACAAUGUCUGUUCUUCUUAUUCUUCAACCUUUAGGGCCAAAAUCCAUUGAAAUGUCUUAGUCCUGUCGGCUGUAUAUCGUAAAACUGUUGAAUUACAAAAUGGUAAAUAAAAUCUAUUUUAAAGAUCA